AAAAAUGAAUUUGAAGAGCUGCAUCGCCAAACUGUGCGCGCCUAGAGACGCAAAACCAUUGCCUUGGAAAAUGCUCUCUGCAAUGCUACUCGUUAUGAUAUUAAAAACGAUGAAUACGACAAUGAUCUAUGCAUUUCUACCCAAAUUGGUGAAGUCUUUUGGAACAUCAGAAGCUGAUACAGGCUAUUAUGCUGGUAUCAUUGCAUGUUCUAUGGGUAUUGGACAAACAAUCUCCAGUUUGAUGUGGGGGUACAUUGCAGAUGUUAAAGGAAAGAAACCAACCCUCAUCGCUUCAACAACUUUGAUUAUGUUUACCACUUUAGCAUUUGGAUUUACUAGUAACUUUGAUUGGGCUGUUACUACGCGAUUUAUGCAAGGAUCAUCGUUAGGCAUUUCUCUAAUCUCUAAAUCCAUACUUGCAAAUGUUUGUGAUGAUACAAAUAUGGUGUUUGGCAUGUCAAUAUUAUUUUCGACAGCUUCGGUUGGUUUCAUUAUUGGACCAAGUAUAGCAGGUUUUUUGGCAUUCCCGUCUGAACAAUAUCCAGAUACAUUUCCUGAAGAUUCUGUUUUUGGAAGAUUUGGUAUUCUUCUACCAAAUUUAGUUCUUGCAAUCGGUUUUGCAAUUGGCGUCUUUCUUCUAGUAUUAUUUAUUCCAAAUGAAUCCAGAAAUGAUGAGAAUGAAAAUGAAAGAACACCAUUAUUCGAAUCUUUAACUCACAGCCAAGGGAAUUUAACUGAUCGUGCAACUGAAGUAAAAACGCAAAGCUCACUUGUGAAGUUUAAAUUACAAACGAGAGAUGGAGGUCAAAAGCGUGGCUGGAAGGCAUGGUUAGCUAAAAUAAAAACAUAUAAGCUAAUAAAAUUACUUUGCAUGAAAGAUUACGCACAAAUCAAUUUGGUAUACUUCGUUAGUGGAGUCACCAAACUUGGAAGUCAUGAAUUACUUCCACUGUUUUUGGCUAGUUCUGCUGAGUAUCAUGGUAUGGGCUUCUCUACGUCAAAAAUUGGACUAACACUUUUAAUGGUGUCGUUGUGCUUCCUUCCGACUCAGCUGACAAUCGUACCCAAAGUCAUAAGACGAUACGGAUCGAGAAAGGCUCUUAUUGGAGGCAAUCUUUUGUUUGCAUUCAUAUGUCCAUGGACACCCAUUAUUAAUAUUAUUUCCAACAGAACUGCUGCGUGGAUGGCCGUGGUGUUUGUUUCAUUUUUGCAAAGAAUAUUUAUGACAAUUGGCUUAGUUGCAAUUAACAUUCUGAUCAAUAAUUCAGUUUCACCAGACCUUUUGGGAUCGGCAAAUGGAUUUUCAAUGAUUUUCUUCUCGCUGGGAAGGAUCAUUGGACCACUUAUCUUCGGCAGCACGUUUUCUUGGUCUCUUAAAAACAUCCGUGACGUCUCGUCUAAUAAUAAUCCUAUUGGAUUUCCGUUCGAUCAAUAUUUUUCUUUUUAUGUUUUGUCGUUCAUGUCUAUAUUGAAUAGUUUUUUUGCUUCGAGAAUUUCAACCGGAUUGGACAAAAAGAAGAAAGUUUCUUUCGAAGUAAACGGUGAACAGGAAUGCAGUACAAAGAUUUGACUUUCUGAUAAGAUUAUCAUCUUUACUGUUGCUAUUA